GGAGAGUGCCACAUUAUCCGGAAUGUGAACACCUGUUAAAUACAAUAUUUUAUUCUCUUAUACCAAACACUAAAUAUCAUUCUUCCAUAUCGCCUACCAUAAAUAUCCAUUCCUUAGGUAUCCACCGCUUAAAUAACACAUAACGAAAUUGUGCUGGAGUAACUAUAGAUUAGCGCGGCAACUCGAAUUCUUCUUCUGCUCUAGAUGUCGGUUUGACUCCUGGAAGACAGUCAAUGAAGCUGUUAAUAGAUCCGUUUCUUCAUUUCGAGCGUUUACUCCAAAUUGAAACCCCAAUUGAAAUAUUUCUCCAUUAGACAUUUACAAGACAGGAGAGUCUUUCUUUUGCUUAGAAAGUUCGGCUUCACUGUUUCUUCUUUUUUAUUGGCGUAGAUACCGCUUACGCUACAGCCGCUGUUUGGCGCCAAUUAGAGAUUCCAAGUAUAACCAGGUAUAUCUCCAUCUAGAAACCGCUUACGCUGUUAUAGUCGAGUUAACAACAGCGCGCCAGUCGUUUCUUCUUUUCGCAAGGUGGCGAUUGGAGUUUCCAAGCGAAGACAGUUCCUUCUCCACCUGGUCUUUCCAACGGAGUGGAGGGCUUCCUAUUCCUCCGCUGUCCCCAGCGGAAAAUGCGUCGAAUACUCAGAGCUGGGGUGUUUUCAUCCAUUGGGACGACAUGACCUAGCCAGCGUAGCCGCUGUCUUUUAACUCGCUGAACUAUGUACUACGGUAUUCGGCGUUCCCAAUAUACAAAGCACCAAAUCCUCCGCUGAACCUUUCUCUCGUAACGCCGACUCACCAGAUUUUAUCGUCCAUCCUUCUGAACCAUAUAGCAGGACGGAGAUGAUGAGUGAUUUAUAGAAUUUGGUCUUUGUUCGUCGAGAGAGGACUUUACUUCUCAAUUGCCUACUCAGUCCGAAGUAGCUCCUGUUGGUAAGUGGGUUUUUGAUGCUGACGUAUUUGUUGGUCUUAAUACUGGUUCCAAGAUAGACGAAAUUAUCUACGAUUUCGAAGAUCUGAUGACAGGAGAUAUUUCGUCUUACCCUCGGUCUCUACCAGACCAAUUUGCUUCGCUUCCUUAUCCAGUCUGUAGAAAACAGAACUACCAUGUACAAGAACUGAGUUGCAUCAAAGGGGAAAGAUAUUUUUUUUUUAUUCCUCAAAAUCAUUUUAGGCAUGAUGUCUGUCACGUCUGGAUCACAGUUAGACUGCUAUAUUCAAUUCAAAUAAAACUCCUCUAAUUGGAUAUUAACUCUCGACAAAGCGCCUUGAACCAAUCACAAACUUCCUUUCGUGCUUUAUUUCCAUUUUCGUUUUUUCACUUGGAUGUUUAAAAGUAUGUUAUCCGAGACAGUGUUGAGAUGAUUCCAUCUCAUCUUCUUCAAGCAUCGCAGCUCCUACCCGGUCCAAUUCUGCAGCUAAGAAGAUCGAAAUACCUGCCCUAGCGAGCUCAUAAGACUUGAAGUUUCCUGCAAUACCGUUGUGACCAAACACCCAAACUAGUCGAAGCAUGUUGUUUUGUUGUGGUUGUAAUGGUUAUCUAAUCCCGUUAUUGUAAGGUUCAGAUAAGUUGUCAUCGAGGACAUUCAAGUAAGGUAGGUAGCUAGUAAACGUGCUGUUUCGACGGGGUCGGGCCAUAGGGAGGGAAGUGUCAGAUGUGUAGGGCUGGCUGGGCAUGCAAAGAGAUGGUUAGUGUCAUGCGGGGCCUCGUUGCAUGCUGGACAUAUAUUUAAUAUGCCGUAGUCGAUUCUGUAUAAGUAGGAACUUAACCUGAUACAGUAUCCAGAACUAGAACACCCCAGCAGAAACUGAAGCUUCUUCAACUGCGUUUCAGUGUAUUCAGGCGACCAUAUUGGUGCGGGCCAACAACGUUUCUUUGUCUUUUCCCCAUUUGCUGCCUGCUAGCAACUUGAGGAUUUUAUUGAGGUUCUGUACUUUGGCAAUAAUUUCGUCCUCUCGCAGGGUAGUUUUUGCUUGAGGCCAAGUACUAUAUGUGCGUUUAUGAUGCUAAGUGUUGUGGUGGUAUCUUCACUACUGGGGAUAGAAGAGUUAUCGGACGAUAGGAUUCCUCUUUGUUUUAGAGUUUCCCCAAGUUUCAGUAGUGGGAACACUCUUCCGAUAUUCCACACAUCGGGUAUUAGAAGAGCAGUCAGCGAUAGUUGUUUUAGAGUGUGUAUUAGUGUUUGGAAGAUUUUGCUUUAUUGAUGACACUCCGAACCUACUCAUCGGUGAAAGUAAGUGAUCCGCAGUCUUUUGCCAUUUUGCGCAACCGUUGGGUAGCACAUCGUUUGGCUUUGCCUACCAAAGGAUGCAGUGUAAAUUGCCGGCUAAAAUAGCUGACGCGUUUCUCCGGAUCCGAAGAUAUAUGACCAUUAUAUUGAAUCUCAACUCGGUCAUAAUGUAACUUCGGGUUAAGCAAAACCUUCACAGUAGUUCAAAGCUUACUCACGCCGAUGGCGAGGUUGCAACACCAGAGAGGGUGCUCCAGUCGAAUCAUGAAAUACCUCAGUGCAAGAGGUAGGGAUUCUAGAUAUUCCUUCAGGAGACUCGAACUUUAUAUAUAUUUUGGAUAUAGCUUACGGACACUUAUUCACAAAUUAUUAUUUCUACUUAAGUGGCCAAAACUUCAAUAAACAAAUUAAAUGAGCUAAAAACAAAAUAAUUAAAUUUCGCGCUCAAACUUGACACACUUUCAGUACAACUUCUGCACUUGAACUUCUUGGCCAAAGUCAGCGGCCAAGAGUUCUGCAGAAAACGCGUAAAAUAACCUUGCAGAGUUGACAGAAAACCAAAUGCUUGUAGGAAAAAAAUAUGCUUAGGUCAACUAAAGGUGCAGAACUGGCUUGGGAAAAGAAAACAAUGAGCUCCGACAUAUUUAAACAGCAGCCGAGACGAUGAAAUGAGCACUUUCUUGGCACAUUAAACGCAGAAAGGUACAAACGGUGCAGAACAACGACAUGGUAUAUCUCAGGGGUCUUUUUGUGAAAACACUAUUUUCGACCACAAUUUUAUUGGCGGUACUAAGCUUAAGCCAGGAUGUGGAGGCGGGUACUAUGAAAAUUGCCUACAAGAAACCAAUUUUCGGCAAAUUAAGUACAACAAAAGAGAGACGCUACAAGUUAAGGCCAGAUUACAUGCGAAAAACACCAAUGAAUGCAGCCGCCAGUGUAAGUACGGGCAUGAGCACGAGCGCGAGUUCACUUGUCGGCAGCACAAUGUUAACAACCACCAGCAGCACCACGCCCACUUUGCUACAUUCAUUGGCGCCCACAGAUUGGAACGCAUGGGCAACAACAACACCACUGCCGGUGGUAGAGCACAAUUUAGGGAAUAACUACAACAGCAACAUGGAGAGUAAUGUAGGUACUCACUACCAGAACAAUAUGGAGAGUAUUAAAGCCGAGGCAGAGGCUGCCAUUUAUAUGCCGAAACCUUUGCAAUAUGAACACGCCGCCACACACAGCCAAUAUAUGGAUUUAAAUCCACUGAAGCAAAGCGAAUCUGGCGUGGACACACUGCUGCCACAUAUAAUGCCACCGGUGAACAACACCUUAGAAGCACCGCAGCUGCAUCACGAUGUACAAGCAGUGCACGUAAUCGGCGAUAACAUGGAGGCACAGAGUAACACAAAUGUAAUGAGCGACACCGAGACAAACGCUGAAGUCGAAGAACUCUUUCCUUUGCCACAGCCAGAGUUGCUGGUUGCACCACGCGCCCUGUCUACGCGCAGCAACACGCACGCAAAAGCACGCAAAACAACAGCAACAACAACAGAGCAUAGUCGAGCGGUACCAUGCACCUGUGGCGUUUUUCUAGCCUCACAAAUCAAACGCGGCACCAACGAACAACCCGAGGGCGCACCAGUGAUCACCAACGAGUUGGACCGCACAUUUGCUUGCAACGCCGUCGGACAGAAGCAAUGCCAGACCAAAUGCCUGGAAACUAUAGUGCAGCACUUGCCCAAUUCAGCGAAUAUACUGUGCGCAACGCUAAAUCGGGACUGCCGCAAGGAGCGCGCCUACCUCUUCAUCAAGAAUUGCCGCAAUCAAUGGCACAAUACGAACUUGUCGGCGGGACGAGAGUAUUGCUGUCGCGAUGGUCAACCCUAUAACUGUCCGAUGGUUUGAGGGAAGGAAUUCUAUAUCGAGUGUUUGUGUGAAUUUUGAAUAAAGAGCUUGGAUUUUUCAAAUAUAACUUACAAAUGGUUUUUUAUUACGUAAAAAAUGAAAUAAUCAAUUGCUUGAGUAAUCAAGCCAUGUUCUAUGACUAAAAUAUACGUAGUAGAUCUCUACACCACAAGCAAAAAAAAAAAACGAAAAGAAAAAUAA